UGGGGUGACGCAGCCCAAGGAAGAACAUUUGUGAUCAUUUCUUUAUCAUUUCCUUGAAGUAAUAAUCACCAUAUUAAUCAUUCGCACUACAGAUGCGGUAGUUCUUCUGCCUUUGCAUCUCGGUCUGAUUUCAUUUCUAUGAGGAAAUGAUCAUAAAUGUUCUUCCUUGAGCUGCGUCACCCCGCUGCAGUCUGUAAUGGAUAAAGUCUCGCUACAAACAAGCAGCUGCUGGAGGAGAGUGGGUGAGAAGCAGGCGGUGGGCAACACUCAUCUCUCGGUGUGUUUGACCCUAACUUAAUUUUACGCAGGAAUAUCCCUUUAACAUGUGACUGCCCCCUAUGCACUAAUCACCAGAGUGAAUGUAAAGUGCAGCACAUGCAUAUGAUCAGUGUGUUUAAACUCCUGUGUGCUUUGGACACAAUGCUACAGCAAUAGACUGCUGUUUCAUUGAUUGCAUGUGUGUGUAAUCAGGGGUAAUAAUGUUUUAAAAACUUAACCAACUACUAUAAUCAGCCUCAUGUGAAACAGUAGAGGAGUUUAAACAGUAAGUGUAUGCAUCUUGUGAGUAUUCCUCGUGCAAAAGCAGAAAUUAAUCCAGGUAAUUAGCCCUGUGAGUACUCCUCUUUACUCUGAGAUGUUGAAGUGCCACGGCAGUAGAUCAGCACUAGCAGUGCUUCUAUAAUUAGCUGGUGAGUAUUAUUCCUGCAGCAGUGGGGGUACAGCAGGAGGAGCUGACUUGAACAGACCUGAUUGUCUCCAGUGGACAGUAAACAUGUCCGGGCUGUGAGCUAUCAGCAGUCUGGGGCCACAUCUUCCUCCUCUCCAUCCCUCCAUCUCUCCAGGGAGCAUCAGUGGAGCAGGUGCUGCUGCUCCUCCUUCUCCUCCACCCUCCCUUCUCGAGUCAUACCCCGCCUCUCUCUCUCUCUCUCUCUCUCUCAGAGUCAGGACACUCAGAGCGUUGUCCUUCUCCGUAACACAGAGAUGUGUUGAUGUAUCUUAGAGUGAUAUUAUUAUGGAGAUAACUCUUUGUUAAGCGACAGAGGAUGCGCAGGGUUUCUCCUCUUCUCCUUUCUGUGGUGAGACGGUAAGACGUUGUUUUCUGUCGUUUCAGUAGUCGUCUUGGGGUUAACCUUGUCCUAGCCUGGAGUGGAGAGUCUCUUGAACUCUGAAAUAUGACCGAGCCUAUUAAAUGCGUAUCAGCGCCUCCUAAAGUUGGGGCCAUUGAGUUAUGUAUUGAACAAUGUGAAUCAUGCCUGUCCUGUGAUACAGACUUGUGCUUUUAUCUCAUGACCUCACUUUUUUUUUUAAAUCUCUUUACCACACUUUCUCUGUGGUCUUUGUGCUGCUCUCUUAUCGACACUGACUCUUGUCUACUUUAUCUGGCGUUUUUUUUCUCGCACGAUAGCAGCAGUUUCGUUAUGAUUUGUUUGACCACAGUUUUUUUUUCUCAUGUCUAUUUUUGAACAAAAACUGAAACUGAAAUAGUUUCCGGUACUUUUUUUUUGAGUCAAACUGAAGUCGACCGAAAAACCAAUCGUGUCCAGUGUGUGAUUGAAUCAUUCAGUAAAGUGUAGUCAGAUAAACUGGUCCAGCUUGACUGACAAUGUGAAGACAGCAAGCGAUAACUGCUUCUGGUUUAUACUUUCAAAAUAAAAGUCACACGUGUCUGUUUGGUGUUAUAUCUCAAAAACGACAUAAUUUUUUUCUUUUAAACUAAUAACUAGAUAAUCUAGACAAAGAUGUGGCUGUAAAUCAACGAUUGUUUGAGAAUAAAUUGCCUUACUGGGGGCAGUGUCCGCUUUUAUUUUGAAAAAAGACUUCAUUUCCGGUUUGGAGCUGUUAACAUUGUCUGUCUUGACGCAGCCGCAGAAGGCGAGGCUUGUAAAGAUGUUUGCGGUUCCUACUUAUGUCCUCUUUCCUGUCAAACUUGUCAGUGAUCAAACAUCGCUCUUGUGUACUUCCUGUAAAAACUUAACGGGCAGGAAGGAAGAAAGACCUGAAACGCAACUCGGCGUGUCACUCAGCGUCCCCGUGAUGGUUUGUCACACAUUAACAGCCACCAAUGGGAGUCCGAGGAGUCGCUCUUUAAUUCGGGACCUUUAACCGCGACUGUAUUGUUUGACUGAGAUAGAUGCCGCGGGGCGCAUUAGCAGCAGUCAGGCGGAUCACGUCGCUUUUGUGUCUGUACACAGUCCGCAGGUGGAGUUUAACACACACACACACACACACACACACACACACACACACACACACACACACACACACACACACACACACGCACACACACACACUGACCGACCGUGCACCAUGUGCUGCUGACCUGCCGUAGACCAGCUGCUCAGCAGGGGUUACCAAGUAAACCUCCAAUCUCUUUAAUUACCUCCCUCUGAUAGAUAGGCUGAUGCUGGGCCACUGUAAACCCACGGCUUCAGAUACACCUCAGCGGUUUUUUAAUCUCAUUAAAAAAUCAGCAUCCUAGUCUGAUUAGUAAAUGGAUUAUUAAAAACCAUUAAAAAUAAGUCCCCACUAUAUAACUCUAUUGGCAGCAUGUAUUUGUGGCUGGCAGGUUUGUAUAUUUUCUGUAUUAAUCCCCUGUAAUUUCACUAUAGUUAAACUUCUCUGUUGUCAUUUACCCAAAUUUAUAUAAAACAAAAAAGACAGUUUGUACAUCAAGGUAAUUGCAGGAGUCAGCUUCUGUUUUGAAAUACUGUCAAACCUUUUCUUUUCUAAUCGACCAUUCAUUUUAAUAGUUAAAGCUUUAUUUACUUUUGUGGAAACACAGGGAUGAUCAGUUAUAAAUCUUUUUUUCCUCGAAUUCAGUUUGCUUUUUUUUUUCUUGGGAUUUAAAAUUAGAAGCAACAUCUCAGGUCCUCAUAAGAAGUACCAGUAAAAUAAUAUUACAGUAAGAUAACCUUAUUUGAGCCAAAUUACAGUAUCAUCAUACUCAGGCCCUGGUCUGUUCAUCAUGGUUUGUCACAUACUUAUCUUGGAUACCAGAGCCGGCCCAAGCCUCAAUGGGGCCCAAAGCAAAAUUUGAUUUUGGGGCCCUCUAUUUCUGCCAAUAAUAUUGAUUGUUGAUCAUUCACACACCUUCAUAAAUCUCUUUGAUUAAUAUUUCAUGACAUGCAAACAUACCUUUAUCUUGGCAUUUUUUCUCUCCUUCCUCUUUCUUUUCUCUGCUCCUGAAGGAUAUGUCCUUCUUUGCGACAUUGUUUUGCCCCACAACUACCUGCGCUUUGGCUGCUCAGUGCACAUUGCACAGCAAAAGGGACAUAACGGUAGCUGAGCUUUGACAUAUCGGCAGUAAGAAUCAUAGGCCUACAUCAUCAGCAGCACUAGAAUGUUUUUACUGACUUUAUUUUUACAAUACUUAUAUUUGAUCAUUCAGAAAGCAUCAUUCAUACAUGCAAAAAAUGAAAAAUAUUAAUUUUAAAAUUCUUUUUGAUUGCUCUUGGGAGCCCCCUAUUUGCCGUGGGGCCCUAAGCAGGCGCCUAGUUCACUUUUGCCUUGGGCUGGCACUGUUGGAUACCAAAAGGUAAAAUUCCCCACCUACGAUGAGUUCAAUUCAUGUAAACAGCUUCGUCUUGAUCUUCCUCAUACCCACAAGCUUUGGGCACAUAGUGAAAUGAUUUGGUGAAGCUAUGACAGUUUUUUACACAGGACAAACAAAAGUCAAGUAUGUACUGACACAGAUGUCUAAGGUCAUGGCACAAGAGGAAGAAUUCAACUCUCAGAGAUGCUUUUCUUGUUGCUCCUGUUUUGUGUAUUCACCUCAAAUGAAUGAGGAAAUAAUCCAUUAAAUCUAUAAUCUGUCCUCUGAGACGACAGUAUCAGCUCUGUGCUGCUGCCGACCCAAACCUCACCUUGACCUGAAGCUUUAAACACCAAACCUGUCUUUAACUUCUAUCACAGUCAUUGAAGAUAUCUUUUUCUCUGCAUGAUCUUUAGUUACACCUGUACCUGCACUGAUCCUGUAGCAUGUCAGUCUUUGUGCAUCUGCUUGCCUGUUGGUCUUUCUACACCUUUGUGCAACAGGAGUGUGUCUGUAUAUCUCACCCCCCCUCAUGUUUGUUCAGAUGCUGGAGGUCUAGCCAUCAUGGUGUCUGCACCUGGUGACACGACAACCCUCCAUCCACCACCUCCACUGAGAACACACACACACUCAGCCGCAGACAUGCAGAAAAACCCCACAGGCAACAGUCAGACCCAGCCUGGCAUCCAAACAAACAGACACAGAGUUGAGAUUGGUUUGCCUCAGAUAGCUUUAUCUUUUUGCUUCAUCUUCAUAUCAGAGCAGUGAGACUGAGCCUCACGCUGCAAGAAAGAUCGAUGACACAGAGGGGGGAAAAGAAAAGCAGCCGAUGUGAAAUGGGAAGGUUGUCGAGCAAGCGGCGGGAGACUGAGAAGGAGACAGCGAGAGGGGAAAUGACAAAGCAAAGAAACGUGGACAGACAGACAGAAGUGUUAGACUCCCAAAGCAGCUGCUAUUUAUAUCUGCUUUUUGUAUUUGAUAGACAGUGACAAGAUGUUUGCUGACAAGAACACUGAUUAUAGACAUGGAGAAGAGGCCGCAGAGAAGAGGGGAAGCUCCCUGAAACCAGGAGGAGGUGAAGACCUGAGUUUGAGGAAGUUUUUCUAGUGUCACAGUGCUGUCUUCAGAGAUAGUCAUUUACAGUCCUUUCACCAACAUUGUAAUUCUGUUUUUACUGCACAGCAAGCACGGCUCUGCUCCAAUACACACACUUAAAUAUAAAACAAAGUAAGGCGAUCUACUCCUCUUAUACGUCCUCCAUUGUUUCUGUCUCUGCAGCUAAUUCUUCGCUUCAGCUUGUCUUUGGUUGUACUUGCUGUUUAGAGUUUAUUUUCAUCGUUGGAGGUGUCGUUUAUUACAUUAUGUGGUUUUUCCGCUCCAUUUAUCCGCCCGCUAUAAAUGUGCGCUGGCUGUUUGGUCCCUUGGGGUCACAUGAUGCGUACACUUUUUGAUGCACAGUCCCUGGAUCCUGACUCAGCGUAUUGUUUACAUGCUUGUGUUAGCGUCGACUGCUAACAUGUGUGUUUCAGCUGAGGAAAUUUGCAUGCCCGUUUCUGUGUUUGCAAGUGUGUGAGACGGUGCACCAGAGGAGGGGGGAGAGUGUGUUCGUUGUUUAUGGAUUGUGAGGAAGUGUUAAGUGUUUCUGAGCGAGCUGAAGAGUGACUCGAGCUAGUAAAGCCAUUUAGCAGCCCCUGGAGUAACCCCGGAGACUGCUGUGUUGACGCCACUCUGACUGCUAUUACAGACAAGUUUAAGAGGCUGUAAAACAUUUGGCUACUUUUCCUCCCCCUCUGUUUCUCUCUCUCUCUUCUGUGUGUGUGUGUGUGUGUGUGUGUGUGUGUGUGUGUGUGUGUGUGUGUGUGUGUGUGUGUGUGUGUGUGUGUGUGUGUGUGUGUGUGUGUGUGUGUGCUUGUCAGGGGGAUUGAAAAAGUCUGCAAGCCAUUGUAACAGCAACAUUAGCUGUUGUUGAGAUCAUCAUCAUUUGUAGGAACCCAGUAAUAACGUCUUAAAACUUGGAUAGAGCUAAUUUAUUGUUGAGGAAACAUUUGUGUGUGUGUGUGAGUGUGUGUGUGUGUGUGUGUGUGUGUGUGUGUGUGUGUGUGUUUGUGUGCACACUUAUCGUCAGGCCAAAGUGAACCACACAAUAACACACAAGCAGACUCAGACAUGCCAUUGUGAUGAGAGUUAAUGAGAAGGUUGUGUGUUUCAACCUCUUCUCCAAUCCUAAUGACCCAUCCCUGCUCAUGAACACACACACACACACACACACACACACACACACACACACACACACACACACACACACACACACACACACACACUGUUACACACAUCAUGCACUUCUAAUGAGCUUACGAGGCAGAGCAGGUCCCCCCACCUACAGUCCUCGCAGUCCCCCCUGUGCUGGGUGUUUACCUGUUUUUGUGUGUGGUUAGAGAGAGAGAGGGUGAAAGUGUGAGUGCGCACGAGACACAGAGGAGGUGUCAAACACAGAGGGCUCACAGUGUGUUUGCUAUCCCUGACAUCAUGCUGAGCAGGGUGUUAGUGUGUGUAGGUGAGUUUAUGUGUGGAUGAAUGAAGUUGCACUGAAUGUAAAUAGUAUUUUAAGGGAUAUUCCAGUGUAAAAUUAAGUGAGGGUCAAACACACCGUAACACUGAGUUUGACACCCCGUCGAGAGAUGAAUGUUGCCGACCAACUUUAGUAACCACCGUACGAUAGCAAUACACAGCGGUCUGAGGAGCCACGCGCUCAACUAAAAAGCCACUCUAUAGCCACAAAUAAUACGCAGAACAGCACCUAACUUCAUCAACAGUACAUAUAAGGUCCUAGCCAUAGCACUAGCCACCAAACAUCUUUUUAGCUUUGCCUGAUUUCUUUAGCAAAGAGACCAAACACAACUCACCUACUCUCUUCCAGCAGAGUACAGAGGUCUCAGGUGAGUCCACUUCCGCAGUGGGGUGACGCAGCUCAAGGAAGAACAUUUCUCGGUGUUACUGUGUGUCUGACCCUAACUUAAUUUUAUGCCGGAAUAUCCCUUUAAGCAGAGCUGGGGGAGCUGCUGAUACCUUAAGUUUCCUUAAAGCUCCUGCGAGAAUUUUUUUGACAUUUAUUAGAUGGAUUGAAAUUCAUACUGAUGCUUUUUCAUGAUAUCCAAAAUAAAACAAGAUAGGUAGCAACAGGUUUGAUGGUUUUUAUUCUCCAAUUUUUAAAGCCGGUGUGAGGGGGUAGGUAUCGGCUGAGCAGCUGAAUAAACAGCCUGUUUCUACAAUUUCCUCAUAAAAUAUUCUCAGUAAAUGGUGAAUUUGACCAUCUAAAGUCAGCAGGAUGAUUUUUUUUUUUUAACAUGUUGAGGACAAGAUAAGCAAACACUGCUUUGUCCACAGGGGGCACCAAAAGUGACACAAAUUGAAAGUUCCUCACAGGAGCUUUAUUUUUUUAUUUAAAACUAAAUAAACCACAUUGUGUCAUUUGUCCAAAAAUGACACAUCAUGUAGUCAAUUGUUAUUAAGCCUUACCUUUUAGCCAGCUGAGACCCUGACAUGAAGACUGAUUUUGUGAGUUUGUCAAACUGAUCCAGGAUCAACUGAAACUCUUUCUGUCCUUUUAAACCUCAAGAUAAGGAGAAGUUUUGCAAAAGUUGAGUUGCUUUUAAAUGAGUUUCCAUCAAGCAUCUGCUGUUUUUACUCUUUUUAUUGACUUUUGCACUGUGCACUUUUCAAACACUUUACCCCUGAGGUGCCUAUGUCAUUGCGGUAUAAGAACCCCAUAGAUUGUAUGUGUUACAGUCUAACGGGGGCUGCUGCUGUGUGGCCUCUGAGUUGUGUUUACUCAUUCAGUCAUCACUUAAAAACAGCCCUGAAGGGAGUUAAAUGUCUUAAUUUGUAUUUAGGGCUGCUGUGUGUUUUCACCCUCCAACAUCCUGCUGUUUGAGGUCAGAGUUCAGAGGUGAAAGGUCACUGUCAGGAACCUCCCCUCCCCCACCUCACCCCUGUCCCCAAAGCAGGCAGAGGUGACGAGCAGUAAGAGACAGGGUGAUGGAUGGACAGAGGGUUAACAUACACACACACACGCACACACACACACACACACAGCUCAAACCACAAAGCCACCCUCCCCGUCAUCACUAUAAACCCUCCCCCUCUUUCUGCCCCCAACGCCCCCCAUCCCAAACCACCACCACCCUUCCUUACACCAAGAUUGGCGGCCAAAGGAAAGAGGGAUGAGGAGCAGAGUGGGAAGAGAGAAAAGAAAAACACACACACACACAGAUAAAGGCAUCCAAGGGGAGAAAAUGGAAAGAUUAAAAGAGUGUCAGAGAAGAGAGGGGCAAGGAUGAGAGGGUGAUAGAGAGGGAGGGCGAGAAGGAGGAGAGGAGGAGGGGGUGGGUGGAUGUAGAAGGGAAGGAGGAGGAUGAGGAGGAGGGGGGAAGUGGAUAGAAAAAAGGUCACGUGACCACGUAGCAGCUGCAAGGCUGAGAGGGGAGAGAGAGAAAGAGUCUCAGAGAGGAGCAGAAAGACGACGAGCUGGAGGAGAAGAGUGAGCGGGAGGGUGAGUGUGUCUGUUUGCAUGUUUGAAUUAUGUGCACAUGCAUAUGUUAGCAUGUGUUUGUGUUUGUGAAUGACAGGGGGAGAAAUAUCAGAGGAAUAGCCUGGAGGGAAAGAUUGUAAAGAGAAAAAAGGAAGGAAGAAAGCAGAGGGGAGAUUAUUUGUGUUGGCUUUUGUUAAAUGAGCCUCAGUGUGCUGAGAUAAACGAGGGGGGGGGAGAGAGAGGGAGAGGGAGAGAGAGCGAGAGGAAGGAAGGAAAGAGUGAGUGAGUAAAGAGGAGGGAGAGAAAGAGUCGAUAGAAACUGUCUUAUCAUCUCUGCCUUGACUGCUGGGCUCAGCAGAGACAGAGAUAUACACACAGGCACACGCACACACACACACACACACACACACACACACACACACACACACACACACACACACACACACACACACACACACACACACACACACACACACACAAACACACACUCUCUCUCUCUCUCUCACACACACACAGCCUGUCAGGAUCUGAGCUUUUACUCUCUUCAUCUCUUAUUCCCUCUCUGUCUGUUUCAAUUUCAAUUUGCUUCAUUGGCAUGACAUGUAGAUGCAGAAGUGCAGCCAGACAAACAAAAGAAAACAGCUAAUAAAAAAAAACACAGAUGAAAAAGCACAAAGAAGAAAAAGCAUAGGAUGUGUACAUGUGUGAAACAUGUCUUCAGCUCUGUGCGGGGUUAUUGUAUACACUCAACACAGUGGCUGAUGGGUCAUAAAUUAUCCCUUCAAACUUUUCCAAACUCUAAUGUUCUGACUGUAAAUUUCAAAAACAGUUCAAAUGCAAUAAUUUUUGUUGUCGUCUUCCUCUGCCUGGUUUUGUCUUAUUUGUUUGAAAGCUAUCAGGUAGAAGGUGGACACCAUAUAAGAUUAUUUAACGCUGUCAAUCAACCAAGUUACAAGAACAGACUAGCCUCUAAUCUUCAACUUCUUCAAAAUGUCCCGUGUUGAUGAGAAAAAAUUUAGUUAUGAGGGUGUUUUUGCGUUUGCGGUUUGUUCUUCAUAUGACGAGUGUGUGAGUUUGAGAGGUGUAACAUGUGUGUGUGAUGGUAAUGAGGUCAUUGUUGUGGCAGGCGGAGGGGACUGCUGGCUAAUUCCAGCUGUAAUUAACAUUAGUGGGUCAGGAAGAGGGUCGAGAGUAAAAGACAAAGGUUACUUGAACCACAUUUUCUCUGAAUGUGUCCAUCAGUCAGUGGAUCAAUGUGUUUACGAGUUAUUCACGUGCGUGUGUGUGAGAGUGUAAAAACUGCAGUGAUACUCGGUAGUGUUAGUGUGUUAGGCGCUGCUGAGGUCUUAAGAUGUGUCGCCUGGCUCCCUUGAGGAAAUGGACAUGUGUGCACUCAUGUGUAUGAUUUGCUAUUAGGGUCACCGCUCUAUUUGACACAACGCUACUUGCUCCACUCUGUCUGUGGAGGAGCUGACCCACGCAUAUGAGCACACUAUGAUGUCUAGGCAUAAAGGCAGAAACACACACACGCGCGUGCGCACACACACACAGAUACUUGUCUAUUCUUUCUGAGCACUACAUGAUGAGUUUCAUUCAUUCUAGAUAAAUGAGACAUCAGCUGUGUUCAAAUUCAGACAAUACUUUCUGUCAAAAUCUCAUCCCCUGGCUAACAAAAGAGCCCCACACUUGUGCUAACUGGAUUGUCUGUGUUUUAAUCAGAGCUGUCCUUCAGCUCUACAAUGAAACCAUUUCUCCAUGUAUCAAACCCUUCACAUAUUUCUCUCCCGUUCUCCUCCUCAGGUAUGAACCAUGAGUCCAAUAAAUCACCGUCAAUAGGAAUGAUCUCCUCAGCAGCUCGCACCACGGCCACUGUCAGUCCCCUCAGCCCUCUAACCAAUGGGAACACAGUUGCCCAGUCUGCAAACUCCGGAUUUGCUGCUGCCUUGCGUAAACUGGCAAAACAGGCAGAGGAUCCCAGAGGUGAGUCCUAAAACUUAAGACUUUCAGCAGGUCCAGGUAGUGAUCUUGCAUAGUUCACACAAACUCACACAAGGGUUCAAGGAUUCAAGGAACUUUAUUUGUCAUACCCCACACCUUUGACAGUCUGUGGUACGAAAUUAGUACCCAGGUCCGUUCCCAAGCCAAGAAUAAAAUACAAUACAAUAAAUAAAAAUAUCAUACAAUAGAUAAAAUACAAUACAAUAUUUAAGUAAGGCUGAAAUUAGCCCUGUUGCACUAAAAAUCCCGUGUGAAAGCAGCACCUCGGUUCCUACCCAGUGUCGAUCAGACUGAAAUGAUUAAAACAAAGGAGGGAGGAGGACAGAUUUGACCAAAUUUGACCUCUUUUAACCUUGUUUAAUGUAACUAGUAACUUAUUUACCUUAUUGAAUUAUGUAUCAGUUUUAUGUCAGUUUUUAUUUUGGCCUGUAGGGGGUUUAUAAACUCAAGCUGAGCAGUGAGACAGGCGCAGAGAUGGAAAGAAAGAGGGAGAUCACAAAAGACUUAAUAUUUCCUAUAAUCUGAUGUUAAUUAAUAAGUAACAGAGCUAACCUGCAAAUGACAAACUUUAAUUUGUUUCCAUUGAAAUGUCAUUGCAGGCUCUAUGUGCCUUCAGAAUAAAAGCACUGUAUGGAAAACAAACCAUACAUGCUUAUUUUUCAUGCUUGGGAUGUAAACAUAGCUGAGUCCUAAUGUUUUUUUCUUUGUAUCGGGUAGGAUACAUGCAGCUCACUCACAAAAAACAGGUGAGAUUGGCCCAUACUGUGGACUAAACAGCCUAAUUUGUGAACAUAAGCAGCAAAAAUCAUGCUGUUACAUAGAUGAUAUGCUUCCUGUUUAGAGUGCCAGGGUAGGUACAGUGUGCUGUAGUAACGCAAACAAGAUCAGGGUUCACCACACCAAACUGUACCAAACCAAACCAGACCAGACCACUUGAUGUACUUGGGGAGAUUGCACAAACUUACAUUAACUUCCUGAAAGGCUUACUUGAACACUAACCUCAACCGCUGAGCCAAAAAUCUGUCUUCCUCUAUUGGCAACACAGCCGUGACCCCAGUUGUACAAAGUCCCAAAUUAACCGGUUGUCAGUCUGACACAUGUCCACAAAAGUGAGCAUAGUCAUACACACACACACACACACACACACACACACACACACACACACACACACACACACACACACACACACACACACACACACACACACACACACACACACACACACACUAACCUGCGGACUCAUCUUUAUUAGUCACACCCAAAAAGAACAAACUGUACUAACUGUCAGGUUUAUUUAACAUCUGUUGGCGUAUCUGCAUGUUGUCGUUGUCUCUGUCAGGUGUUAACUAAGAAACUGAUCUGUUAACAUGGAACUAUUUUUUAAAUUUUCCUCAUGUUUUAUUUGAUAAGAGGAAAGUAAGAACGCUCUGUUUUUGCACUUCUAAAAUGACAGAGAGGCAUCAUGUUUAAACGCUGGUUUUCUGUUUUAAUGCUAGAGCUUAUUUGUUUCUUACUGAGCGUACAGACUCAAUAGCGGUAUGAUACUUCUCUACUUUAAAAGAAAUGUGCUGAAAUGUUUCUUUAUGAUGUGAACGAGGUUUUAUUGGAUGAAGGUUGAACAGUGUUUUGCCACACAGUGCCAAUGCCAGUGUAAGUAGAUCAUUUUACAGACCAUGGUUGUGUUUUGUGGGUUAUUCUGAAAUACUUUAAAGCCUGGUAGCUUUUUGAACAUGCGUUUUUUUUUUAAUGUGUGUUCAUGUACGAGUGUGUGUUUGUGUGUCUCCACUCCACUCAGCUCAUUGGUAUCCUAAUGAAGGUGUUGAAUAAGAGCUGACCUAUCCCGACCUCUUCUUCUCUGCUUCUUCCUUCACCCGUUUCCAUUCAUCUUCUAAUAAUGAGAAUCUAAUUACACUCAAUUAUAACAAGCUCUCUCUCUCCCUCCCACACUCUCUCUCUCUGUCUUUGCUCUCUUUAUCUUCAUCCCAUUUUCUUCCCCACAUAUCUGUCUCUAUCUCUACCUAAGGCUCUACAUGUGCUCAUUCAAUCCCACCUUCUCUCCCUCGUUAUUUCAGCCUUCCUACCAUCUUUGAAAGGCUUUGUGUGUCUGUUAGUCAGUCUUACAGUAAUAGUUAUGAUAGAGCCAAAGUAGUCAAAACCACGCAUGCACUCUCUUUAUCACAUUUAACACCACUCCCUACAGUCUUGUUUAACACCUUUAUUUAUGACAUCCUUCUUUCUGUCUCUGUUCAUCUGAUUUUCUCUCUUUUCAGCCGUGUCACUCACUUUCAUCUUACUCUGUUUUCUCAUCUCUUUUUACCUCCUGCUUCUUUUUACACCCUGCGUUCUCCUUUUAUUUUUGUGUGUACCAUCUGUAUCAUGUCAGGUGGGGAAGAUUGUUUGAUCCUGAAUCUUUCAAAUCUGAUUAGCUCUCUGAUAGCUGUAGUUUAUUCCUCCCUCUCCUUUCCUGUCGUCAAUCACGUCUCUCUUCUCCGGCCUCAGGUUCUGCCCUCAGCAGUGAGUCAUCUCCCGUCUCUUCUCCGGCCACCAGCCACACCUCACCUGUCACCACCCCUAAGCGGGGCUCUUUAGUGCCCCUUCUGGGUCAGACCAGGGGCCACAGUGUCCCCAGCACCCCUCCGGUGGUCACCAUCGCGCCCACAAAGACGAGCAACGGCCUGUGGCGAGCAGACGGACGUCAGGUUAGACAUGUCAUUUAUCAAGCUCGCUGGUUUUCCAGACAAGUUUAAAACGAGACAUCUGCUAUUCUGUGUCUGGCCUUUUUUGCUCGUUUCUCCUUUUUUAGUUUCUCUUUGACUCUUUCUCUCUUGAUUUCUCUCAGCAGAUGUGUUGUCUGUCUCUUUCUGUCUCCCAGUGUGUCCUCCAUUAAAGAAAUAGACCCAGAGUUUUUCUACAUUACUGUCAAAACCAGCUGUCCCCUCUGUUUCUUCAAUUCUGUCCCUCUAUUCUUUCACUCUCUUUUUCUGUCUUGUCUUAUUCUCUCAUUCCUUAUCCUCACACUCCCCCUCCCCCACCUCACCCCUUCCUCUUCCCAGUCCACGUCUUUUGCAGCAACACAUGAGGGGUUUGUAAAGAAGCUGUGGAGGCUGCAGAGACUGGCACCUAUUGUGUUCAGCUUCCUGCACUGUUGGUGUGUCAGUGUGUGUGUGUGUCUGUGUGUGUGUACUUGACCCUUCACCACAAAAGGGCGAAGGAUGUGAAGAGGGACCUGUGUGCAGGAGUUUGUGUGUGUCUGUGUGAGUGAGUCUAAGGUGGGGCAAGGAACCAGGCACCCUCACACAAUGCAGGGGUGAGCCCCCACAGUCGCCACUUCCCCCAGGAUCAGAGCGCCCUUUCUCCCCCUUCACAAAGACCACUCUGUGGCUCUGCCUGCCCGGGGCUCCCAUUCAGACAUUUAGAGGGAAAGACGGAGGGAGGGAGGCAGGAAAACAGAGAAUAGGAUGUUAAAAAGGAGGCGAGGGAGUGUAAGAAUAAGCAAAGAGAUUUAGUGUUUGUCCUUAAUGUGUGCAGCUUGUCCUACAGGAGGACUUUCAAAAGAGACAGUUUCUGGUCGCCUAUCUGUGAAGGCUGCCCGAGAGGUCAGAGGUUAAGGAAUGUGGUGGCUGCUCUCCAGACUGUCUGUGUUGUCCAAACUAUUGAAUACAGAUUGUUGAAUGAUAGAGAGAGGUUUAGAGAGAGGAUAUGCUGAUGGUCAGAAUCUGCUUUCCAUGAGCAGCACAUUCAAAACUAUUCAAAACACAUGCAAAGUGCAGAAACAUCACUGCGAAUCAAGUGUUGUACUAAACUCAGGUUGCAGAUUGGGUGUUGCUGGCGUAAGUCAUUUGUUUGUGGUUUGUCUGAGGUCAAUAUGACCUGGACUGCUGUCUGUUGCUGUAGCAACAAGACAUGGAGUGAAUGUGAAAUUUUCUAUCCAUAAACGUACAAUAUCGUAGUGUCACUUUACUGUCAACACUUAAUUUAAAGAAUUUAGGCAACAGUGUCUGUUUAAGCACAGCUGAGUUGGUACUUAAACCAGAGAAAAACAUCAUUACUUUGCUGACUUUUCACAUCAUCAGAUCCAAAUCCGAUUUUAUCCAAAGGAUUAUUUGACAUUCAUUUUUUAUGACCAUUCAAGGUUUUUAUUUGGUUAUAAUCAGCUAAGGAUCAAAACAUCUGUCUGCAAAUGAAUCCUCUAAGUGUGAAUCUCUCAGGCAGACAGCGAGAGCGAGCAGUGAAGGAGAGCGCAGUUGGCCAGAUAUAGGUUCAUCUUUCCACCUUGAUCUUGACCUCUUUGACAUAUCAGACCCACUUUGGUACUCCGCUGAGCCUCUGAGUACAGCUCAGGGAGGUUUGACUCAGUCACUCUUUCUCAUUUCCCUCUCUUCUUUUCACUUUCCAUGGAGCGCACACUCACAGCUCUUUCUCCGUCUGCCUCCCCCCGUCAGGCUGAGCCAAGGGUUCAGGGUCUAAGCCGGGAGCGAGCAGGUGCUGAGAACACCCAACCUCAGCAAGACAGCAGGACUACACCCACCUCUUCACUUCAUCCUCUGGCUCACCCCUUUGGCCUCACCCCUAGCUCUGUCAUGCAAGACCCCAGGUUACAGAGCCUCAGGUAGGUGUAGCAUGCUCAUAUUAAAGCUCUGUGUACAACUUUAAAUGCAGGGCUAUUUUUAAAGCGGGAUAACCUUUUAAUUUAUCACUGCCUCUACUGGUUCUGCAGUUUACCUGGGCAGAUGCAUCCUGUGGUUCCCUCGGGUGCUGUCCCAGAAGAAUACCUGAGAGCGCUCCGGCCCUUCAGCAACUCGGAUGAUCUCCGACUCACCUCUUUGCCCCUGAGUUUAGACCCUGCUGCUGCCGCCCACGCCGCCGCUGCAGCUGCUGCUGGGUACUACCAUCCUGCUUACCUACACCACCCACUGUCCUUACCAAGGUAAAAACACCACCUUAGACCUUAAAGGGAUAUUCCAGCAUAAAUUAAAGUAGGGUCAAAGCACCAUAACACCGAGUUAGAUACCCUGUCGAGAGAUGAAUGUUGCUGACUGCUUAUUUCUGUAGUUAUACCAACUUUAGUAACGACCGCAGGAUAGCAAUACAGAGAGCCACGCGCUCAACCAAAAAGCAACUCUAUAGCCACAAAUAAUACUCAAAACAGCACCUAACUUCAUCAACAGUAAAUAUAGGGUCCUAGCCACAGUACUAGUCAUCAAACAUCUUUUUAACUUUGCUUAAUUUCUUUAGCAAAGAGACUAAACACAUCUCACCUACUCUCUUCAAGCAGCCGCUUGUUUGUACAGAGGCUUGCGGGUGAGUCCGCAGCAGGGGGACGCAGCUCAAGGAAGAACAUUUACGAUCAUUUCUUUAUCAUUUCCUUGAAGUAAUAAUCAUCAUAUUAAUAAUUUUGCACUGCAGAUGCAGUAGUUCUUCUGCCUUAGCGCCCCGGUCUGAUUGCAUUUCCAUGAGGAAAUUAUCAUAAAUGUUCUUCCUUGAGCUGCUUCCCCCUGCUGCAGUCGAUGGACUCGCUCAGAGGUCUUUGUACAAACAAGCGGCUGCUGGAAGAGAGUAGGCGAGUUGUGUUUAGUCUCUUUGCUAAAGAAAUUAGGCAAAGUUAAAAAGAUGUUUGGGGGCUAGUGCUAUGGCUAGGACCCUGUAUAUACUGUUGAUGAAGUUAGGUGCUGUUCUGAGAUUAUUUGUGGCUAUAGAGUGGCGUUUUGGUUGAGCUCGUGGCUCUCUGUAUUGCUAUCGUGCGGUCGUUACUGAAGUUGGUAUAACUAGAGAAGCAAGCCGUCGGCAACAUUCAUCUUUCAACAGGGUGUCUAACUCAGUGUUACGGUGUGUUUGACCCUAACUUAAUUUUACGCUGGAAUAUCCCUUUAAGUCACCUCACAGAACUUUACAUAGAUUUAUAUUUAGAGAUAUUUUACUAUUUUUUAACUGGGGUUGUUAAUGUUACAUGUCACUUUCUGUGCCUUAGGAUGGAGGAGUCCCUGUGUCUUUCUGCGCUGCGGUCACAGUUUUACUCUGUGCCUGCAGGGGGUGCCUUUCCUCCCCUCCACCACUCUGCCCUCCACCUGCACCUGCCUGGAGGCCGCUACCCUGGAGAACUGAACCAUGCGGCGCUUGCUGAGAGGUAACACACACACACACAAACACAAGCCCGCACACAGGAAUAUAUGCACACUACUGCUCUCAUCUCUUUGUCUGCAGGGCUGUGUGUGUAAUCUCUCUCUGCAGGGUAGGCACAGGUUGCUGAGUGUGUGAUAUUUUUAGCACACACCCCACAGAGCCUCCUAUACACUUAUCACACAUACUGCCCUUCACACAUACAAACUGCACAUGAGAUUUGACACACGUGAUCACGAGCGAGUCUGCCUUGUGCUUCUUUAAGCAGUUUGUAGGGUCACUGUGCAAAUUGUUUCCCUGCUGCAUCAUUCACGAGGGAAAUGUUUGUGUUUGGAUGGUAUUUAUCAGGUUUCUGUAAUGGCUCCUGUGUUUCCUGGAGGUUUGUUUGUGUGCUAUUGAUUGCUGGUGAAUGUGCUCAGCUGUGUAUGGAAGUGUGUGUGUGUGUGUGUCCUUUUUCCUGUGGAUACCUAUUAAGUGUUCAUCUGCUCUUGCUCAGUCAUGCUGUGUAUGGAUUAUUUUCCUUGUGGCAAGUGGUGAGUCUGUGUGCAUAUUUGUGUGUGUCUGCAUGUGUGUGUGUGUGAGCAGAAAUGUUUGUGUGGGGUUCACCAGUGUGUGGUUAAUAUCUGCCUCAUGUUGGGUGUUGCAUCUCUCACCUUCUCCCCUGUGUGUGUGUGUGUGUGUGUGUGUGUGUGUGUGUGUGUGUGUGUGUGUGUGUGUGUGUGUGUGUGUGUGUGUGUGUGUGUGCGUGUGUGCGUGCUCACUUGUCAACCUCCCCCACAGGCUGCAGAUGGAGAAUGAGCUCCGCCAGCGAGAGAGACAGCAAGAGUGCGAACGAGAGAAAGAAAGGGAGCGCGAGGCAGGGCUGGAGCGCGAGAGGGAGAGGGAGAGGGAGAGGGAGAGGGAGAGAGAGGAGGAGAGGGGGAGAGAGCGGGAGAGGGAGAGGGAGCUGGACAGACAGAAGGAGAGACAGAGGGAGAGACAACAGCAGAUGGUCAGAGCGGCAGAGAGCCACUACCUGGCUGAGCUGCAGGCUCGGAGGGCACCACCGGAGGACAGGGCCCGGCCAGGAGAGAGGCUGACCCCGAACAGACUGGGUACCUACAUGCAAACACACACGGCACAUGACACGUAUACAACCAUGUCUGCAGAAAGACAUACACGUGCAGACAGAAACAGUUGGAGAAACACACCCUGUUACAAAUCCAGCAUUGUGGAUGGCAACCUGAUGAAGGAAACAAAAACUGAUAAUUAAUUAAUAGACUAGAAGUUCAGUCAAGUGUUAGAGCUUUAGGAAGUUAUAAACACUAUACCAUUAGCAUUAUGCCAGCCCCAAACCCCCAUGAGUUACGACUGUCUUCAGCCUAGCUUCAGCGCUGAGGAAGUUCCUGGUAUUGUUUUUAUUCUCUUCUAUUAGGUGGUUGUGGUUGCGUGCUGCAGGGCGUCAAAAUACCCUGUUUUUGAAAGGGAGAAAUCAAAAGAGAUCUGAUAAAAGAGGAGUUUGUGGGAUGGAUUGACACCCAUAAGUUGUACGUUUUAAGGCCAUAUGCCAGAACAAAGUUGAGGGUGUGAUGAAGAGAUUAGUUUUCAAAGACUUUGAAGCUCACCAGCAGAGCCAGGGAGUAGAUUCAUAGUUAAUUGUGAGUUAGCAAUGAAUUUCAACCUCUUUGAAUACCCUGUUACACUACUCCAAAAGGUUUAUGUGUGAAAAUGUCACUGGAUUUUUUUGGAAAACCUCCCCGAGCGUUUAUGUUGGAGAUGCAUGAAAAUAUUCUCUCUGAGGUGCUUAAUGAUGCAAGUAAACAAAUCUACAAAUGCUCGUCAACUUGUAAAUUUUUUUUUCUGUUUUAUCAGAUAAAACCAAGGACACAGAGCACCCGGGUUUCACCGCACCCAAACAUCUGUCCUUGCAGCCCAACCUUCACUCCUCCAGAGGCUCCAUUCCCCACCCUUUGCCCAGCCUGGUGCCCUCUCACAUGGGGAAACAUCACGCUGCAGCUGCUGGAGGCAUCCAUGGGGCUCUGGCAGCCGCCAUGAUGACACAGAGGGCCAGUGAGGCUGCGUGGUUGACGCGGCAACGGGGACAUGAGAGGGAGAGUCCACUAGAGAUGGGCCUUAGGUCACCUGGGAAAGGGGUGGAGCCAAGGAGAGACACACAGACCCGCAGGUGAAAAAUGUGCUCCAACAAAGUCGAUAUAUUCUAAUGUGUGGUGGAGUAAGACUUGAAGUUUUAAUGUUAUUUAUUUUAUUUUAUUUUAACAGAAACAGUUCCAUCCAUCACAACCCAAGCAGCAAAGAUAUACCUCCCCUCCUUGGUGCCCCCCCUCCCCUAAUCUCACCUAAAGGUCCCCAUCACCACCCUGCACCUCCGACUACACUGUGGAACCCUGCCUCCCUCGUCGACACUUCCGCUGAUCCCCGCAGAAAACUCAAUCCUCCUACUCUGCCAAGUCGGCCUCCUCCAGGACUUACCAGAGCCGAGAGACCCCCCCUGAGCUGGGAGGAGAAGCAAGAAGAAGGUGGCAGGAGGGGGGCAGAUGGCACAGAUAGGUUCACCUUACUGAGGGAAGCAAGUUUACCAAAAAAUGGAUCUUGGAGCAGGAUGGAGCAGGACAGAACCACCCAGAGUCUUUAUCACACCAAUAACCUCCACCAGAGACCCUCUGCACCUCCUCCUGUUCACAGGAGCUGCACUGACCGGGCAGCGUCUCCAUGUCCACCGCGGCAGAGUCAGAGUCAGGUGCCUGACAGCAUGCUGAUGUACGAUGAAGUUCUCCAUCAGCAUCGCAGGCUGCUGAGUAAACUGGACCUGGAGGAGAAGAGGAGGAGGGAGGCCAGAGAGGGAGGUGAGGAUGCCAGGGAGGGGGUUCAUGAGUAGGCGGGGGAGAUUGUAAGCUGAAGGAAAGAGUUAUUGUCACAGUGACUGGGCAAAAUGUUCAAAUGACAGUGCAAGUUGUCGAAGAAUUCGUGAAGAUUUCUCAACACUUUCCAAUUUCUCAUUCUGUGUUACACUUGCAGAUAUUUCAUCACAUUUAGAAACAUGACCAAAAACUUUUCACUAAACUGAACUUUUAAGCAUCAUACAGGUCUUAACGAUCUGUGCUGAUGGAGACAGGAUCAUGUCAUUUUUCACUCACAGCAGAGUCUUUCCAUGAGGCACAGUCUGUAGAGGCAUUCAUUUGAACAAAUAUGGGGUAGUGAUAAUAUCUUUGAGGCAAAACUUUCCCAGAGAGAAAUGAAAACACUGUUACAGAAUUUUUGAAUGAUAAUUAUUCCUUUCUCGUGCCUCUCUCCAGGUUACUACUACGACCUUGAUGAGUCAUACGAUGAGAGCGAUGAAGAGGAAGUCAAAGCUCAUUUGAGGAGAGUCACAGAGCAGCCGCCACUCAAACUGGACACAAGCUCAGAGGUGCAAAAACACAAACUACAAACACGCAUACAUACAGUAGACUCAGUGUGGAAAUGCUCUGAUGUUAAAGUGGACUAUUUAUUUUCCUCCAAAGAAAGUGGAUUUCUUGGGGGUGUGCGGUCUGACCACACUCGCCCAUCGAGAUGAGCUCCUGGCCUGUAAGAGGAGGAAAAGGAGGAGGAUGAUGAGAGAGCGUAGCGUUUCUCCGCCAGCUGUUCAGGGCAAGAGAAAGUCCUCUUCACCUAUCACACCCUCAGUUACCUUAACUACCCCAUACUCUGCUGAGCAGAUGGACAGCACCCCUAAACUCGAGGAGAAGAAGGACUUCCUCCUUAUGUUCAACCUCUCUCAUGUCAGUCCGCAGAAGAGGAAAGGUAAAACCUGUUUUUAAAUCCCAUCACAUCCUUUGAGCUACACCGCUGUGCUCGCAGUUGUUCCAGUGAUUACCAGUGGAAAAAAGGAAAUAUUUUAAAUAUCUGUCAUAUUCUGAAAUUAUUGGCAAAACCAAAUGUAUUUUCCAUUUUGUGAAUUAAUCAAAAGUCCAUCUAAAACACGGUACAGGCUCAGAUAAGCACUUGUAUUACAUUGUGAUCUGCAUGCAGUAGUGGACAUAUGACUCGUUUCUUAUCUGUUAUCACUAAAUUGCUGCAUCUUAUCAAAUGCAAAAACACAACGUGAUAUAGGCGUCAUUUAGUAGCUCUCCUGCUUGCAAACCUGCUCCGUAAUUUUUGGACAUAUAGACGCAUCAUACCGAAGUGCCGGUUUUAACCACUCACCCAAAAUGGCGCCAUGUAUUCUGAAUUUUUUUAAUCUCUUCCUUAAGGAGGAAAGGAUAGUGGAGAGAGCAGGAAAUAGGGGGACAGAGUGGGACAUGACAUGCAGAAAAGAGACUGCAGGGACAAAGAGAACCAGGGGCAGCCUGAUUCAGUAUCGUAGCCUCCUCUGUUUGUGGGUUAGGGUUAUAUGACCCUGAGCACUAAGACAAACAGAUGCCCCGCUGGUGCCCUAACUUGAUGGAAUAUUAAAAAAUGUACUUUUUACUAUUAUUAAAUGAUUAUUUUAAGGUUUGAUAAAUUGUUGGAAUAGAGCCUGCAGUGCAAAAUAUCUUGUAAUUUUUGUAUUGUGAUGACUUUCUUUGUGGAACAGUGGUGUAUCAUCAUUUUUGUUUCAUCUCAAACUUUCUUCCCUAACUGUAAAAGGUCAUCAGAUGAGAAGACAAAUGUAUUUUUUUCUCAUAUAAAAAAGUCUAUAUUUGUCUCAUCUGCGAUAAAAUCUUGAUGAGGACAAAAAUACACAGUGGAAGCCUCUCUGCCUCUCUUCGAUGAGAACCAUGGCCUGUAUAUGUACUAUAGAGACUUUCCAUCAAACGUCUGUGGCCAUUGUCUGUCUGACAUAGCCUCCAUUUAUCUAUUUACUGACCUUUUUCUGCCAGUUGCUUCUGUUGGUCAAUAUUUCAUAAUCUUUUCCUCUGAUAUGAUUGGCAGGUGUUCUCAUUCUGUCUUUUUCUCUGCAGAUAAGGAGAGGACGGAAGAGCUGCUGAAGGCCAUUCAGAGGAAAACUGUGACGUUAGACACACUCAGAUAUAAUCCCUUACCUCUGUACAGCAGUCCUUCUGCCCCCUCAGCAGGUGAGACACACACUUAAACAUUAAAACACAAAAAUGUAAAUUCUUGUAAGAAGAUUUCUAAGAACUUCUUUAAAUGUAAUUUCAGGCGGCUCCUCUUCAGCCAGUCCGUCGUGUCACUCAAAUGGUCAUCCAUACCCAGAGUCCCCCAGCCCCUCCCCUCCUCACCUACACAAACCUCAACAUCUCCGCCAUAAUGACACAUUCAAAUCCUCUGUGGACUCCCAUGUCACUCGUAUCCCUCCACCAUUGACCCAAGGGGAGGCUGAAUUCACUGACAAGAUGCCUCAGGGCAUCCAGAACGGAGUUGCUGCUUGCCCUCUGAAAAAGGAGCCCAGUCCUGUACAGAACGGACAGAGUCGGCCAUCUGAGAGGUUUACACCUGAGACCUUCGCUCAGCACUUCCACCAGGCUGUGCUUCAGUCCACACACACUCUACACAACAAACGUUAGUGACUUAACUCCUGUAAAUGUAGAUGUUUGCCUGACUGUGAAAAAAUGAGGAUGUUGUGCCACCUAGUGGUGCUAAUAUGAGAUUACUGUUCAACGACAGAACGGGCUGACAUUUCUUUUAUCUUCACUCUUCCUCCUCAGGGUUUUCAAACAUCAGCUCUGAGGCCAGUAUAAAAUCAGACCGCUCGCUGCCCCUCAACAUCUCUCAGCUGAAAAACUCAAACCAUAACCACGUCCUUCAGCAGGCGCAAAUUAACGGACACCAUAUUACUGCAACCAGUGGAAAACUUCCUGGAGCACAAGAAAACCAGUUUGAUGAUGAUGAGGAGGAGGAAGAGUCUGAUCAAGAGGGGGUAGAGGAAGAGGAGGAAGUAGAAGAGGCUCCAAAGAAGUGGCAGGGUAUUGAAGCUAUAUUCGAGGCCUUCCAGGAGUACACUGAUGGUGAGUCAAUGUUACGUCAGCAUUACGAAAACCUCAGCCUUCUCUCAGAGAGCUUUUAGGUAUCAGUCAAGAGCUGUUUCUGCAUACUGUCUUCAAAAAUUGAUGUUCGAGCUGUUUACCUUUAACACAGAAACAUAACAAGAACUUUACAAUAAUCACUUUGAUUGGUUUAUAUUUUUUAUUGUUUGGGGAUCAAUAAAAAAAAUAAUACAAAGAUUGUUUGAUACAAGUUUGCACAUCUAUUCAUAGUUAAGAUGUUGGGGUGAGCUUUUCACCUGUUCAUUGCUUUUCAGAGGUUUAUCGUAGUUUAUUAUGUAAGGCGUAGUGUGCAGUGAACCUGUGGGUGUGCAAAAUUAAGUCCCAAGUCCUGACAAGAUGAGACAAAAUUGUGAUGCUUGUCUCACCCUAAUUCACAUAUCCACCAGCUCAUUUUGCAUUAUAAUGCUUAUCAUCUGGUUGCCAUUUUAAAAUACUCACUAGCUUACAGUGGGUGAAGUAUAAUUUUUCUGGUUAAAAAUGAUUAAUUCAAACAACUUAAAAAAAGGAAACAAUUCCUCAGACUCCACAGUUGGUUGUGCUUCCAUGGCAACGAUAUUCUUAUCAGUCUACCCUCAGUUUGAAACUUUAAAUUACAACAAGUUUCAAAUCCAUUCACAACAAAGUAAAAACAUUUGCAUUUUUUGUAUUCUCAUGAUUUUGCUUCAGGAGAGAUCAAAUGUUCCAAAACUGCUUCCUGAGGAUUGAGCUGAGAUGACCUGUGUGAGCAGGUUGUCUCUGAUGUUGUGUUUACCAUUCAGAAUUAAUUACUGUUAUUAUUGGUGUUUAACCAAUCAGAAUUAAGUAUUCAACACAAUCAGGGGGUCAGUAAGAAAUCCAGGUAACAAUGGUUUUAAUGACUUGUUUUUACAUUGGCAUCUACGGUAGACACAUGUAAAUAAUCAUUUUUGUGAAAGUGUAGAUGAGGAAUUAUGAGGGAGCUUUGGUUGGGAUGCUUUUGUUUCUCUUUUCUCAUAAUCCUUCUCUUUUUGUCUCUCUGUCUGUACAGAGUGGAGUAUAGAAAGGCAGGUCCUUCACAGUCAGUGUAAAAGACUUGAAGCACAGAACUACAAUCUGACCAGAACUGCAGAGCAGCUCUCUCUCACCAUGGGGGUAAGUAUCUGAGACCAUGCCCUACCUCUCUGUGCCUUGUACAUUCCUCUUUCAUCCUAUUUUCAUGCCAAUUUUACAGUGUUUGUUUUGCACUCUUGUUUUAAGUGAGCUAAAGCAGCUUGAUGCAUUAUGUGUCGCCUCUAAUGAGAGUCCUGUUUGUCUUCGAUUUGUCAGGAUCUGGUGAGUCAGAGGCAGAGAGUGAGGGAGGAGAGGGAGAGACUGCAAGCCCAGCUUGAGCACUUCAGGAGGUGUCUGACACUACCCAGCAUUCACUGGGGCCGGGGGCAAGUCAACGGUCACACGCCCAGGUGACCUCUGAAUCUGUCUUUUGGAAAGUUCUGCCCCUGACAGCAAAGGAACAAUAACAAGGACAAGACAGACUGGAGCCCCAGCACUGUCUGCACCUGAAGCACUUGAAGGAGCCAAUCCUUGUCUUGUUAUGCCUUUAAGGCUGACUGGUGAUGUUACCUGCCUGGUUACAGAUUCAACUGGUUAGCUACCAUGUUAGUAACAGGGACCAUAAGGUAUAAGCAGUCUCUCUGUGCCUGCUCGGGGAUGGUGACAGCACUGUGUAGGUGAAACAGCAUCUUUAUCAGUCACAUUAACCUCACCCACUUAUCUCUGAGCUGAACUCUGCAUCAGCUUUACACAAACUCUAUCAAUCCAAACUAACGUCACUUGGCACAAACCUGUAGCCUCUCUGGACAGAAGUGAGGGGAGACGAAGCUGUGGUCACUUUUUGUACACUCAGAACAGGAGAGUUGAGACGAGGAAUCAAGGUACACCUCAGGCCUUAAACUGGAUGUAUGCACUUGAAAUAAUCGGAGGAAAUACUUGACUGUCUUCUGUGUUGUGGUGUAAUGUUGUAGUGUUUUCUAAGCACUGUAUCAUGUGCGGGAAAAGGAUACAGAAACUAAAAGAUUAUCUAUUUAACAGACGAUGGAUGCUAUUACUAGCAUUUUUUGAGGUUCAGUAAAUUUUUUCAUGUGACUUCUGGGGAUAGAAGAAGAGUUUUGUAGGUUUUGUUUUCAUCAGUUCUAGUAGGAAGCUUUAUGCUUUGUUUGAUUUGAAAAGCUGCUGGUCAGAACACAUUUAGAAAGUGAAGGAUGCUAGAGCUGUUGUGUUUUUAAAAUUUUAUGUAAUAUCAAAAUGUUUGGGGUUGACAAAAAUGCACACUGCAUGGAGGACAACAUGGCAAAUAUCAGUCUUAUUCUCAUAACACUCUCAAGCCAUGAGAGUCUUUGUCCUGAGCCCUCCACAUGCCUAUAAAUGUUGAUGAAACUUGAACAAAAGAUUUUUUAAUGAUAUUUUCCAACAUAACAGAUGUUCUUAGAUAAAUGGCAUCACUUGAGUGAAACCACCCUUGACACAUUGUCUAACUAUAAAAAUGUUUUCACCAACAUGUAGAUGAUUUCUUGUGGCAUUAUUUUGAAAAAUACAUCAAGCGGGUUUUUAUGGAAAUAGAAAAAGUCAAAUUAUUAUUCCACUUUUUUUCCAGCACUGUGUCAAAGUUAAUAUUCUUUACUCUGAGAGUACUUGAAAACUAUUCUCUGAUUCUUUAUGAGUGACAUAAACAUCCAAAUGACACCAUCCCCCUGUGGAUAACAAUAAACAGUCUCUAUUUUGGUCUUUUGAAGAGAUUUAUUUUUGUUCGAGCCAGCUAAAAUAAUGUCACAGACUCAUAAUUCCUGCCUCUUUUCCUCUAAAGAUUAAAAUCCCAGGAGCCCUUUCCAAGAAGCUACAGUAGCAGAUGACUUGUCUAUGUCACCUCCUGUGACAUCCUGCAUAUUUGUUUGAAUAAUUUGUUAUGUAAUGUAUUAUUUGGGCUGUAUAGUUGUGAUGAAUUAUUUAUUAACAUAUUGCCGUAAAUUCUGAUAAAGAUUUACAUUAAAUAUCGUAAAAUGUCUUUAAUGGCUCCUGUCAUGAAUCUUAUGAGAGUUGCAUUAAAGUGUGCCAUGCUUGCUCUGACACAGGUGAGGACGACUUGAUUGUACACUGUGUAAAAGGCUUCAGAAAGCGUUACUUUGGAAUAAUUAUACACUAUUUUAU